CAGGCGCUCCUCCUCGAUGGGCACGUAGCCCGCCCGGAAGUUGCUGUUGUGCUCCUUGUUGGCGCCGCGUCUCUCGAUGGCCUUCUCCCGCAUGGACUUCUUCACCGGCCCGUUGGCGCUCUCCUGGGGGGGAAAAGUUUUACAGGAAAAGAUGGAGAGAUGGCAACGAGAAUAUCAUGUGAUUUCCUGUGACGAGAACAUCAAUCGGUGCUGUGAGAUGAUCGAAUUUACGGCCAAAAUCCAAGGGGAGCUUUUCGCUGUCCUUAACUCUGUGGCUGCUGAAGGCGAACACACGGACGGCGUGUCCACGCUGAAAACGCGCCUGCUUCCGUGGCUGGGGACCUGUUUCUCGCCGUUCCGGCCCCCGCCCCACCAAGACGACGCUUUCGAGCUCUUUCAGGAUUUGUCAGAGAAGGAGCGUAAGCCGACGGAGCUCAACGGCGGCUGGACGGAGUCGCAGCUCUGCUCCACUCGGCUGGACUCGGCCAAGGCCGAGCUGGAUGAUGCGACCAGGGAGCUCAACAAGAUAAAGAACAAAACGGCCACCGACCUCUUGGAGGAUGAACUGCUGCAGCUGAAAGAAGACUUGAGAGCAGCACACCUACAAAAUGAUCUUUACAAGAAGAAGCUGGAUUCCUACCAUGAUUACGAACGUCAGCUGUCGAAGUUGAGCGACGACGUGUCGUAUCUUAGCUCCCAGAGACUUUCCAGAAGCAAUUCCGCGAGGAUUCCGGCGGCGCUGCGCUACACCUGCGCCCCCUUCAGGUCCGAGGCGACCCCCCGGUCCCAGCUCACCAGCUCGUCCCGGCUCAUGCGCGUGGUCUCGCGCUUCGGCGAUUUGUACAACGUGGAGCGCAAAGAUGCGCAGCUACAGCUUCAGGGCUACAUAAACGACUUGGAGACGGUGCAGCGGAUCAUCUUCAUCGCCGUCGUGGAAUCCUUCAAGGCGGCCAAACUAGCGCAUCGUCUCUUCAGGUUGCGAGCUCGUAAGACUCUCUCCGUGUGUCACUUUGGGCCCGAAAGCCUCGAGGACACCGUGGUGGACUACAUCGUCCGAAACCAGGACCUCUACGACGUGCAGAACAGCGUUGACGAAGUGCUGAGCGCCAUGAACCUGAACCCUCGCAUCGCCUCCAUCCCGAAAAUCAACUUUUCCGUGGCCAGCCCCCUGAUCCGGGAAACGUGCAAGCUGGCCUUCACCAUGCAGACGCUGGACCCGCCCAUCGACUUGGCCUUCGCCAGCGAUGGCGAACUUUACAUCAGCAACAAGUACCGCCGCAGCGCCGACUCGGACCUCUCGGCCGAGCUGGUCUCGUACCACGUGUGGCCCGCUCUGAUGCAGGGCGGCACCUUGCGCGCCAAGGGCGAAGUCGUCACCAAGAAAGGAGCCGUGUGGAACAGAAGCGCAAUCAGCUACAUCCGAUCCCGCUCUCUCAGUCCAACUCGCAAUCUCACAUUUAACGACAGAAUGAGUAGCUUGUCUCCGGACGCGCUCGCCUCCGGCUGCUUGUGAACGGCAACGGCGGGACCAGCACAGGAAGUAGAUCGACACCAGUGUCAGACCGGCGGUCUGGUCUUACACCGGCGCUCACGCAAGGAAACGUCCGGCGCGGUUUCUGUUCAUCUGCUGGACUGGACUCCCUGCAAGAAAUGGCGCCGAACUAGCCUGGCGGCUAACUGAACGCCGGUUACUCGGUGCUAACAGUCAGUACUUACGGGAAAUUGGUUGCAAUAUUAAUUCCACACAACUGCAUGUCACUAACGAGCUGAAACUGCACUAGUUGCCGUCGGCGUACCACGAUUCGGCGAAAACCAGCGUAGUAGAACUUCAUAAUGUUGUCAACUAGUGCACAGUUUUGCCUUAUUAGUGAGAUGUAAAUGGCCGACUUGUAUACCAAAAUAAUAUCCUGCUCGUGUGGACAAAGAGGAUACUAGUACAUUGGCCUAAAGUUGGAUAUCUAACAUAUCGUGCAAACACUUAAACGCUCUUCCAUCGGUACUUCAACUCCUUCAGUAUCACAGUGACUACCACACACUAGUAUUGUACUUUUUCUCUUAAUAUUUUUCCCAUCAUCGCUUUGAUGCAAAGCGUUUUUUACACAUGCAGUAUGCGACAAGCCGAGUACUGAAUAAAUAUUAACGUGUUAUUUGUGAAACUAUUGACUUGAUCGCGACGUAGAUGUAACAUGAGUGGUCUGCACUUAUGUGCUUUUUAAAUAUACGCAAUACAUUGAAAAAAUAAUAAUUUUACAUCAUUUCAAAUUUUUCCCAUGGGUGUCAUGUUUACUGAGGCAAUUGAUUUAUACUCGGAAAAAUGUCACAAUAAGUAUUACGAGUCAUAUUUCAAUGUUCUGUUCAUCGUUGGAAUAGAUUUGUUGUCAAUAAAUGUUUCUUUACAUGAAACUGGAGGAGGAACCACAGCUUUACGAGAUAUUAAAGAUCCACUCGAU